AUGAAGGCGAUCCCAGAAGAAGAAAAGUCCAACUCUACGAUGGAAACAGUUGCCACCAGUAUUGGCAAUUCACCAAAUCCAAUGUCCAAACCUGUCACCAGCCGAUCGUCUUCGACGAAAUCCGUUCGAGUAUCUUCGUCCAGCGCUCGGUCGGGAUCGACAUCCAGUAGAACAUCGUCUACUUCGGGAGCCAAUGCUGCGCUGGUUUCCCGCAAUGGCCUGGAUCCAGCCGUGGUGCAGAAAUCUUUGCAAUCAGAGCUCCAACAGUGGAAAGACAUGUACCACAAACAGCAACGGGAAAUGCAACAUCGAAUCGACACUUUAGAACAAGAGAAUACUGAUCUCAAACAAGAACAGGACAUUCUGAACGAUCGGCAUCAGUCUCAUACGGAAGAAUUGCGAUACAUGCAAAAUGAAUUCCUCUGCAUCAAGGGUCAUUUGAACAAAUUAAGAAACGACAUGGAAUCUCUCGAUGGGCUUUUGAUCGACCAGCAGCUCCAACAACGACAACAAAAACGGAGUAGAGAAGAACAUCAGAUGGCAGAAAAGGUGGAGGAAGCCAUUUUCAAAGUGAAGGAACGCCAAGAAUUCACUUGCGUGUUCAUGGACAAUACAAUUUCCUCCAUUGAUGAAAUUCUCAAUGAAUACAUUCCAGAUAAGGUCCAGUACGCAGAUGUGGAAGACCACAAGACCACGGAAGAAGUGAUCCAAGAAGCAAAAUUGCGCGAAAUGAGAGAGGAAGAAGAAUUGCGGCAACGGCGAGAGUUGGAGAAGCAACUGAUGGAGCAAUUGAAACAAGAAGCAGAUGACGCACAACUAGUGGAAGACGACGGCGACGCACAAGACUCCAAUUUCACAUCCAGCUCAAGUCAGUUGGGCAAUUCAGUUUCUUCUACACUUGCCCUUCAGUUUCCCGACGAACACCUUUCGGAGUUGGGCAUUGAGACACCAGCCGUGAAGGAAGCGAAAUUGUCUCAAGAGGCACAACAUCUGUUCAAGGAGCAGCACAAAAUGUUCGCCAAGUAUAUUGCAGAGAGCCGAUCGGACGUAGCAGAGACCGAACCCGCUGCUAUCCGAUUCAAGGGAUGGUUCGAGGAGAAGCGCGAGAAGUGGAGGGAAGAAGAAAACAUGAAGGAGCUUCGGCAGAAAAAGAGCCAAUCUCAAGCUGUCAUGAUGCACAAAGUGAAGCAAAUGCAUUCGGAAACUUUUCACAAGGUAACCGAAAUAAAACUGCAUCAUCACGAGCAAGCAGAAGAAGAAAAGGAACGAAGGUCGACUUUGUUGAAAAUCGACGGAGAAGACAAGAAUGGUAUGGAUGGUCCAGGAGCGGUCCCAGAACCAGCCGAGGACCAAGUGAGCGAUUUACCGGAGGAAGAAGCACUACGAUUUUCCAUGAACAAAGGAAAUCUGAAUGACUACUUCAAACAGUACAAAGAUCAUUCACAGUCCGUGGGAGGUGGCCUUGGUCCACAAUCACUAGAACCGAAGCCCGCAGCAGGUGGUGGCUUUUUGUCAAUGGUGUUUGGGGUAGGCAAAUCUGAAAAUGAAUUGAGUUGCUAG